GGGAAGUGAACGCGCGAUAGAGCGAAGUGAGGCAGAGCUCGUUCAGUCGGACUGUUGAGCACCGGAGCUCCACGGAUUACUGUGAUAUAAAUCCGUCUGUUUGGUUUCUGCUGCUGCGCUCGCUCAUGCCCUGGGCGCACUGACGGCUCGGCUCGGCAUUUCAGUGGUCGAACGUCUCUGAAGCGGAUGCGCGAGACCCCGAGAAGGGAAAGAAGAGACUGAAACUUAUUUUCCAAUAACUCCGUGACGAAAUUAAAGGAAGCUGAGGACAGCUGAUGCAACAUUUCCCCCUGCACCAGUAUUGAGGACGCUGGUUGACGUCCACCAUAUAUGGUCUGAUGACAUAGCUGGACACUGCUUCCCAUUAACGUCUCCUCCUCUGACCAUGACGUCAAUGUCAGCAUUAUAUACAUCAAAUCUUCAGUGCCGGCAUCAUGCCUAAGCAAGUGGAGGUGAGGAUGCAUGAGAGUCAUCUGGAGCCCAUCGAGGCCAGGCCCAGGAACAAAUGUAUCAGCUGCUUCUCUUCUCUCUUCAAGAACCUGCUGCUCACACUCACUGUGCUCGGUGUGAUUCUGGGGGCUGUGUCUGGGAUGCUGCUUCGUUAUGCCUCUCCCAUCCACCCAGACAUUGUCAUGGUGAUCGCUUUCCCUGGAGACAUCCUGAUGAGGAUGCUGAAGAUGUUGAUCCUGCCUCUCAUCAUCUCCAGUUUAAUCACAGGUCUGGCUGGUCUAGAUGCUAAGUCUAGCGGUCGCCUGGGAACAAGGGCUAUGGUCUACUACAUGUCCACCACGGUGAUUGCUGCUGUGCUGGGAGUCAUCCUGGUGCUGGCCAUCCACCCCGGAAACCCCAAGAUGAAAGAGCAGCUGGGAGAUGGCCAAAAACAUGAUGAUGUGUCCAGCCUGGAUGCCUUCUUUGACCUCAUCAGGAACCUAUUUCCUGAGAACCUGGUACAGGCCUGCUUCCAACAGAUCCAGACAGUCACUAAGAAGGUGGAGAAGGUGAUUGAGGAGGACGUCAAUGCCACCACCACCCUGGAGGGGCUCCUGUCCAACGCCACCAAGGAACCUGAGUUCAUCAUCAAGAAGACCCUCCAGUUUAAGAGUGGCAUGAACGUGUUAGGUGUGAUUGGCUUCUUCAUUGCCUUUGGCAUUUGCAUGGGGAAGAUGGGAGAGAGGGCCAAGCUCAUGCUGGAGUUCUUCAACAUCCUCAACGAGAUUGUUAUGAACCUGGUCAUCAUGAUCAUGUGGUACUCUCCCUUCGGUAUCUGCUGCCUGAUCUGUGGUAAGAUCAUCUCCAUCGAUGACCUGGAGGUGGUUGCUAGGCAAUUGGGGAUGUACAUGGUGACUGUAAUUGUGGGCUUGAUCAUCCACGGAGCCAUCUUCCUGCCCGCCAUCUACUUUGCCAUUGUCAGGAAAAACCCCUACACCUUCUUCAUGGGCAUCUUCCAGGCCUGGAUCACUGCCCUAGGGACAGCCUCCAGUGCUGGGACACUGCCUGUCACCUUCCGUUGCCUGGAGGAAAACUUGGGAAUCGAUAAGAGAGUCACCCGUUUCGUGCUCCCAGUCGGGGCCACCAUCAACAUGGACGGAACCGCCCUCUAUGAGGCCGUGGCGGCCAUCUUUAUUGCCCAGAUGAACAACAUCUAUCUGGAUGCUGGUCAGAUCGUCACUGUCAGUCUGACAGCUACCCUGGCCAGUGUUGGUGCAGCCAGUAUUCCCAGUGCUGGACUGGUGACUAUGCUUCUGAUCCUCACUGCAGUGGGCCUGCCAACUCAGGACAUCAGCCUGCUGGUUGCUGUUGACUGGCUCCUGGACCGGUUCCGUACCUCAGUAAACGUGGUGGGAGACUCAUACGGCGCGGGCAUCGUGUACCACCUGUCCAAGGCUGAGCUGGACGAGCUGGACGCUACACAUGGCAAGUCAGAUGACAUUGAGAUGAUGAACAAGACCUCGUCCUACUAUGAUGACCUCAAGAACCACCACGAAAACAACUCCAACCAGUGCGUCCAAUAUGCCGCUCACAAUUCAGUAGUGGUAGAUGAGUGCAAGGUAACCUCGACCACAAAUGGCUCUACCGCUGCGGCGACCAUGGCGGAGUGCAUGCUUGUUGAGGAGGAACCCCAGAAACGUGAAUAAAGCCAGCACACAGAUCCCCAGUUCCACAUGCUUUCCUAUCUGGUGAAAAAAAGAGUCAUGCGAACAAAACUACUAAUUGUCUUUUUUUAAUGUAGUUUUAUUUCUUUUUUUAAAUGUUUGUAUUAGUUCCUACAGUGUUUCUAACCGUCUAUCUGACUGACUAAGAGGACUAAUACUAAUUCACUUAUCAGUGAGAUGAUAACAAAGGUAUGUUUUACCUGUUAGAGCACUAAUGUGUGCUUCAUAGCAAACAUUUGCACAACAUAAAUUAUUCCUAUAAAUAUAUGCAUCUAUAAGAGUACUGCAUUCAAAGCAGGGGGAAAGCAGGGGGAGUAACAAUGGAACAACAGUCCUCCAGAAUGUGAUUGUAGCUGUGAGUUUGGUACUGGCAAUUUGGCAGUCUAACAACAGACAAUGUAUGGAAGAUAAGAGUGUGAGUCAUACUAGACUGAAGGAAUGCCUGUAUCAAACUUGACAUUAUUACACACGUCAUUACUAUUACCAAUGAUACCACAGUAGGCAUCUGUUGAGCCCUGGCCCCUUUUUCCUCACAAGUAAACCUUUGACCUAUACCUGACAGAGCCCAUGUGGCCUAUCUGAGUGUCUUUAUUACCUGAUAUUACCCACAAUCCCCAGGGGGAAUUAGGGUGGUGAUACUGUAGAAUAGAGAGACACAUACCUAUAAGGGCAGGGUCUGCAACCUGAGCCUUACUCCACAAGCACAUGUUCUCUGGAAUUCAAAAGCACAAAACACAAAGGAAACAUGGAACCUCUCCUUCCCUUUUUUAUUGUAAUGUGUUCUUUUUCUACUGUAAGGGAAAGGGACUUCUUAAAUGUCGCUUCUAGCUUCUAGUGUGAGAUUAUAUACUGUAUCUGUGUGAUUUGGGUGUGUGGCUGUGUGUGUAUGUGUGGAUGGGUUGGGGGUGAGAACAUGACAUGUCUCCCCAGUUACUAAUAGGGACCAAACAGGCAUAUAAUCAAUCAAGCCAGAAGCCUUUGAAAAACCUCCAUGACUUAUUGACGGUCAUUUAUAUGGUCUUUCGGGGUUUCUUACUCUGUACACUAUCUAUUUGUAGCUAUCUCCAAGUGAAGAAGGUGUCUCAUUACUCAUUUUAACUCCUGCAAAUUAUAUAGCAAGAGGUGCAUAAAGAUCUCUUCAUGCAAUUACUGCAAUGCCUCAAACAGAAACGUAAAGGUGAAAUUUGUCCCCAGAUACCAAUAUAUCAAUAGCUUCAGUUCAGGGAUGUUUUUCAUAUAAAUUAGUCCAAGUACUAAAGUGUAGGAGGUAUUUAUCAGACCCCUCUCCCUUCCACUGAAGCUAUCAAUUUGAUUAUCUGAGGCUAAAAAUAAUGAGAAUCAAGUGUAAAUUGUGAAGGAUCUAGCAAGAUACGAUAAAUAUCUUGAUAAAUAUGACAAUUAAAAAAUCAAGUUGUUCUAAAACUGAAAAUAAAUGUAAUACUGAGAAGUACAAAUAGCACAAUUGCAGCUUUGAGGAUAAAAGAGUUAUAGAUCAUUUUUUAUCCCUUUUUGACACGGGUCUCUUUUCACAUUUGACAUUUGUAAUUCGAAGAACCCAAUAAAGGGAAACUAUACUCAGGCUGUAGCAUUAACUCCUUGGCAGGGAAAGAUACACUUUCACCAAGCCCUCAACAUGUUUACCUGCUCAUGAAAGAAAAUCGGAUAUUGACACGUGCCUUUAUAUAGCACAACUUAAAUAUGAAAGCUUUGACUUUGAACACCGACUAUUUAACACCUUAAUAUUUUUUAAAGAGAAACAUUUUUUGUAUAUCUUGCUAUAUGACAGAGACAAAGUUUCCCUUUACAACUAUUACUAAGUAAGAUACUUUAAAGAAGGGAUUAUUUUUAGCCCACAAAUUUUCAAAUUUUUCCAACUUUACCAUUCCAGUGACUCCAAUUUUCUUGGCUUCCCUUAGUGCCUGAAAGUACAAACACACAUAUAUUAUCAAAGAUGCCACAGAACAACCAUAGAAGUGAAAAAAGUAAUACGACUGCAAGUUUCAACAGGUUGAUAACUCACUGCACAACUAGUGGCCAGUUGGCAGUAUUUACAUCCCAACUAUUUUUAUCCACCCCAAGAGUGGGGUCUCCUUUGUGAGUAAACAACCUAUUACCACAGAUGAUGACGACUGUUCUCAGAGACCCUGAAUGCUGCAGCUGUGUGUAUCAUUGGUCUCUUAUUGUUACUAAUGUAUAGCAGUCAUCUUGCUGCCUGAAAAUGGCCACUACAAACAUGGCAACAAUCAGGUAGGAGAAUUCUAUCCCCCUAAUGGAACCAAACUGGCUAAAAAGAUAAACCCACACGAAGUUUGAUCACUGGCUGCUAAUCAUUAAUGCAUGUAUGUGAUUGUAUGAGAGACAUUUUGUGCAGGUGAGGCGUUCUGCAGGUGUGGAUUUCUUUAUCUGUGUCAUGUCCUGCUCUAUGGUCUAGUUUUGUUUAUUUUGUUCAAUGACAACCUUGCUUUGAAGAUAACUCCAAACUGUGCAGUCAGUUUGACCGUUAUAAAGUCACACUAGAAAACUUAACAAGCAUUCAUAGUGCAGCACACAGUCAUUUAGUUACCUAAAAAACGUUCUCAGUCAGAAUAUCAAUGCCACGUUGCUUUUGAGCUUGUAUAACGAAGUGUUCUUCUCUACGCCACAGCACACAAUGGUGUUCUGUUGUAAGAGCUGCAUGGACACUGCCAUCACACACAGACACAAUGCACAGACACACACACCCAUGCCCGCACACACACAUAUGCACACACACGUAUGCACACUCGCAUACAUGCACAGACGCACACAACACAUACACACGUCCGACACUUGCAUGCACACACGCACACAAUUAAACCUGGAAUGUCACCACACACAUUCUAACAUGCAAUGAGUGAGAUGCUGAGCACAGCACUAAAACCCCUGAUGGCACUAGGGCUAGGGCCUGACCUUUGACCUUGUGACCUUCAGGAAUUUGUCCUCCAAUAAGGAGAGGAUGCAGACCAGUAUGUUACCAUAGGGAUUGAGUGUUUGAACACUAUUCUGUUCAAACUCACUGUUGUAGGAGCAUGGAGUUAAAAAUUAGGAUAUUUGUUUUGCACCACUAUCUUAAAAGCAUGAUAUUGAAGUGCCUCCUUGCACUUUGUGUACAUAUUGAGGGUAACAAAUAUUUUGUUUUAUUUUUGGGAGGGGGGGGUUGACAUGGUAUGUAGGAAUAGAGAUUAAUUGCUGUGACAGUUUUUUGUAAUCCUCUAGAGAAAUAUUAUCUAUGUUCUGAAUAAAAAUAGAUUAGUCAAAAUGUCUAGAAAAUCAUGUGUAAUAAAUUGCUUAUUUUUAUUUGUUAAUAGCUGUUAACUAGUUCUCACUUUGCUGCCACACAUCAAUAUAUGCAUAUCUUUUUUUGUAUCUAAUGUAAGCGUUUUGAAUGUUUGUUCCAUGGAGAUAUAAGUUGUGUACAUUCAUUUUCAUUGAACUGGAAAGACAAAUAGAAAGAGGAGAAACUAUCUGACUAAUAAAAGGAGUCCAUGUGGGGUGAUGUGCUGUUUCUAAGUUGGUGAGAUGUGGAUGUUAUCAUGACUAGGUCUCCAGAGGAAGAGGAAAAGGUCAAAUGUACUAUUAACUAGUGAAACAAGUACAGCUUAGCUUGUUCAUUAUGACUAAAAUAGCAAAUCUGAUCAGAAUGUCUGGCCUAGCAUCUAACAAAAUAUAGCUCCUCGUGGUCACCCUGAUCCUGUUCCAGGAAUCAUCUAGACUUUCUACCAGAGAACACCACACUCACCAUCAGUGUCCGCCUCCUGUCUUGUGCUUUAUGCAUCAUAUUGUGGUAACUACAAGACAUAAUUAAAUACACCAAACAGUCAGAUUUCAUGUUUAGAUUAUUCCUCACGGAUAGAGACAGUAACUGUAACGAGCCCCAGUGCCAUAUCCAUACACUAGCCUCUGUCUAUCCAGAACUAUCAACCCACCAGCACCAUUUCAUAAACCUAUCCACACACAUAUUGGUAAAUUUGCCAUUUUGCCUUUCUUCAUUUUCAUCACAAUUGUUUGCACACACACAAACAAACCCAAUAUUGAGUGAAGAGGAUGCUCAAAUGGCAAUGGGUUGGCACAGUAUUUCUAAGAUGAGCCAGUAUAUCUUCAAGUCUGUAUUCUGCAGAAGUCUCUGUGUUUCUGAUAGGCUCCUCCUGAGUAGACCUGAUAACCUGAUAGGCUCCUCCUGAGUAGACCUGAUAACCCUUCUCACUCCUGCCCUACCUUUCACUCCCUCGCUUACUGUUCUAGGAUGUCCCUUAUUUGUAAAGCUGUUGCUGUAAUUUUGAUGUAAAGGGAGAGAUUAUGUCUGGGGGACAGAAAAUUACAAAAGAAAGACAAAAAAAUAUCUGAAUUAUUUUCUUUACCAGAUCUGUGGUAUAAAAGUAUGUUCAUACAUAUCAAUAAGUGUUGUACCAUUGGUGUACAUACGAUUAUGAUAACUAAUAAAUGUUGAUUCAUAACUAAA